CUCGUUCUCCGCAUUGGCUGUUGCUGCCCGGCGCCAAUGUUCGCGCAGGAUGUUCGCUGCAGCUAGUGAGAGUGACAGACACUGCACCUGAAUUUCCGGUUCCGGUUCACCGCUGGCUCCAUGGCGACCGGUAGAGGGUCGCGGUAUCUGCUGACAAUAGGCAGAUGGCGCCGCAGCUUUGGAAUAGCUCCCCAGUUCCGAGCGCUUGCUGCCCUCGUGCCCGGCGUAUCCCACGUGGAUAACAAGUCCGAUUUCCUGGGGAAGAGGCCCCAUCGCCGGCACCCUGGCAUCCUGCAGCUGUCAUGCGUGCGGCUGCCGCAAGCAUUGGCCGAAGCCGCGCAGUUACUGCUGCUGGGGAGCGCGAUGCCCAAUAUGGAGAAGCAGGUGCAAGCCCUAACCAAUUAUCUCUGGAGCCGGCAUUUACCUGUAGAGCCAGAGGAGCUACAAAAACGGGCAGUUCUUCUUGAGAAAAAAAUCCUGGAAAACGCAGACUCAUGUCAGACAGAGAAACAUCAUGAAGAAGUCCUGCGCGCCUUACGCAAAACUACCUAUCAUUGGCAAGAACUGAGCUACAGUGAGGGACUGAGCCUGGUGUAUAUGGCAGCAAGAUUGGAUGGUGGCUUUGCAGCAGUCUCCAGAGCUUUCCAUGAGAUCCAAGCUCGCCUUCCAGAGUUCCAGCCACAAACCUUGAUGGACUUUGGCUCGGGUACUGGCUCUGUCACCUGGGCUGCUCAUAGUACUUGGGGCCAGAGCCUACGUGAGUAUAUGUGUGUGGACAGCUCAGCUGCCAUGUUGGAAUUGGCAGAAAAGCUGCUGAAAGGUGGUUCAGGAUCUGGGAUGCCUUGUGUUCCAGGUGUCUUUUUCAGACAGUUUCUACCUGUAUCACCCAAGGUACAAUUCGAUGUGGUGGUAGCAGCCUUUUCUCUCAGUGAGCUGCCCAGCAAGGCUGACCGCACUGACGUAGUCCAGACCUUGUGGCGCAAGACAGGUCAUUUUCUGGUAUUGAUAGAGAAUGGAACAAAAGCUGGGCACUCCCUUCUCAUGGACGCCAGGGACCUGGUCCUUAAUGGAAAAGAAAAGUCACCUUUGGACCCUCGACCUGGUUUUGUCUUUGCCCCAUGUCCCCAUGAACUUCCAUGUCCCCAGUUGACAGCCUCUAAGCCCCUGGCCUGUAGCUUUUCCCAGGCCUACCAUCCCAUCCCCUUCAGCUGGAACAAGAAGCCGAAGGAAGAAAAGUUCUCCUUGGUAAUCCUUGCCCGAGGAUCUCCAGAGGAGGCUAAUCGCUGGCCCCGAAUCACUCAGCCUGUUCUUAAACGGCCACGCCAUGUGCAUUGCCACCUGUGCUGUCCAGAUGGGCAUAUGCAGCAUGCUGUGAUCACAGCCCGCAGACAUGGCAGGGAUUUGUAUCGCUGUGCCCGGGUCAGUUCCUGGGGAGAUCUUUUACCUGUGAUCACACCAUCGGAACUUCCUCCAUCUGCUCAAGAUGCCCCUGAGAGUUGACACGGAUGUGUGACAAGUGUUUUCUUCUAUCUUGAUGGCCGAGGCGGAAGCUACCUGGUGUCCAGGAUGGGAGUGCUAUUACUGUUACAGCAAAAAAACACUAGUUCAAAUAUC